GUUCGCGAUUCAAACUUUCGAUUCUGGAUAAGGAAAACAUUCAUAUUGUCCAAGAUCGGUGACCAUGACAUUCUUUGCGAAAAGCUCACAACUGCCGCAAAUAAUAUUGGACUCCCUGUGGCUAUCAAAGAAAAUAUGUAUAAAGUGUGUGUCGACGCACACAUUACUUGUCAACAUAGUGCUCGUGAUCCGACAUAUAAUCAGGUCAAGUCAAAGCAUUCAUUCAUCCCGAAGGCACUCGUAGCUUUGUUUGUAAAAGCAUGCGCAAGAUGUGCUUUACACAAAACCAAAUUGCUUUCUACCACAGCAGCAAAGCCCAUAGUGUCAGAAGGUUUUUUACAUCGGCUACAGGUACAUAUUAGUCAGAAACAAGCAUAUAUUUUUAGUAUAGCGAUGUGA